AUGGCGACUUCUCCCGCGGGGCGCAUGCUAUCCCGCCAACUGCAGCAGAUGCAGUCUGAUAAGGACAUUCCCGGCAUUAGCUGCGGUUUGGUCGAUAACGACAUUUUCGAAUGGGAGGUUAUGCUCAUGAUAUCGGAUGAUGUGAAGCUGUAUGGAGGUGGUUUCUUCCGAGCUCGUCUUUCUUUCCCACCAGAAUACCCUCACCGGCCACCGAAGAUGAAGUUUGAAUCUCCUAUCUUCCACCCAAAUAUUUAUGAAAACGGCAAUGUCUGCAUUUCAAUCCUGCAUCCACCCGAGGAGGACAAAUACGGUUACGAGUCGGCUGCCGAACGCUGGUCUCCCGUGCAAACCCCCGAGACGAUCUUACUGUCUGUCAUUUCGAUGCUAUCUAGCCCGAACGAUGAAAGCCCGGCGAAUGUGGAGGCUGCUCGUCUAUGGCGCGAGGACCCCGCAGAGUUUAAGAAGCGCGUCCGUCGGUGUGUCCGUCAGACGUUGGACGACUAG